AUCUGGGUAUGGCCGCAUGGCCAGUGCAAGUUGUCUUUCCUUUUCACGUCUUGUUGGACCCAAUGAGUGACGACGGUGAGACGGUCUUCUCCGACCCCUGCAAACCCAAACCACCCUCUUCGGAACUCGGACCUUCUUUUGAGGGCCUGCAACCACCAGUCAAAUUUGUGUGCUUGUGGCCGAAGGGGCGGCACCGUGAAACAAAAAGGACAUGAACACCCAGCGACAGUUUUCGUGAAGCAGAAAAAGCAAACGGUCGACCCUUUUGCUUUCGGCGGCCAUAUUGGGCAAUGAAAGGAUAGAGAGAACAACUAUCGCCCUCCGGUGAUCUGCGGGCUCAAGUCGGCAAUGUGGCCGAUGAGGACACUUUUGCUUUAGGUCCUUUCACCUGAUUUUGGCAGAUGGGCUUUGGGGACGCGAGUGCAAAGGACAAGAAAGCGGCGGCGGCCAAGGCCAAGGAUGAGGCCGCAAAGCAAGCCGCCGAAGAUGCCUCUUGGCAGGAAACUGACAAGGGCGCGGCCAAGAAGACGCAACGUGCGGCGGACGCCGCCGCCAAGGCCGAUGCGAAGUUGGCCGCCAAAGCAGAGUUGAAGGAGCUGGAAAAACAAGAGGAAGAAGCGAAUUCUCAAUUGAAGGGAGCGAACAAAAAGGCUGGUGGCUACGGCAAGGUCACACAAGCAGAGAUUGCCCGAAGACAGGCUUUGAUGGGCGCCAUGGCCAAGGCCAAUCCAAAGAAGCAAACCAAAAAGACGGAGGUGGUGUCUCAACCGAAGCUGGAGGCCAACACCAACCGUCAGGAAGAAGUCGUGGAUGCCAGCGGCAUUGAUGCGGCUCUUGGUGCUUUGGAGGUGGGUGAGAAGAAGACCAAAAUGACCUAUGCCGAUUUUGAGGCCAGAGAACUGGAGGGCAUCCGAGCUGAAAAUCCCGGAUUGAAGAUGUCGCAAGCCAAGGAGCGUUGCUUCAAGAUGUGGGAAAGAUCACCUGAGAAUCCUAAGAAUCAGGAGAAGUGAGCUUUUCAGAGCGGGCUGCCUUUUAAACUAGAUGCUCUGCAAGCACCAGCGAACAUCUCUGGACUCUUAUGAUCUCUUAUGUCUCACCACGGAAGAAGAAACAGG